AAAGGGCCUCUUGGAAACUUCUGGUUUGGCUACUAGAGGGGAGGGUUGGGCUAUAUUGUGGAUUGCGAACGAAGACAUCUGUUUUCGAGACUCGACCUUGCCCUCUCGGAUAGUGGACACCUGAGCCAUGGAGAGGACUUGCUGCUUAUAUCUCCUGCUGCUAAUACUGGCUCCGGCCAACAAAGGGGAAAUGUGUCACUCCUUGGUGGCUAGAUCCAGAUUGGGGCCUUUCCAUUGUCCCGCAAAGGGCAGCAAUCCAACGGCGAUGUUCUGCUGUGGUACUUGCCGCCAGCCCUAUUGUUGCGCAUCACAAGCCGAGCGCUUGGACCCAGAGAAGUGCACUGUUGAACUGGACAAGUUCACCUUGGAGGAACUCAAGGGCACCCGUAUUAACCAGGGGGAGAAUAGCACCGACCACCAGCCCACCUCCACCUGGAGGCAUCUGGGGGGCUUUGACUUGGGAGCCUUAGGAAACUAUGCCUUCCUGAACACCACCAACCAAGACGCAGGGGAUGAGCAAGUUCCCUGGAAGUACAUUUGGCUCUUGCCGGCCAGCUUUGGGUUUUUCCUCUUGUGCAUCUCUUUCUCCAUGAUUGUUCCUCAUCUUCGCCAUCGGCUGAGAACACUACGCUGCCUGACAGCUUCUGGUGAAGUCUCUCCAGACGUGGCUGAUCCUCCUGCACGUCCUCUAAAAUCUGCUCUCACACAGGUCCCUAACUCCUAUGUGGAUGCUGACCCAUCAUCCCCAGAAACUAAGAGUCUUCAGGAUGCUUCUGAGAUGCCCCCUGGCUCAAGUAACCCAUCCGAGAUGCCACCUAGUCCUCCAAUUUCUGGAGAUCACAUGUUGGAAACCAUCACCUUGUCUCCAGCAAGACCCCGAAGCAAAUUUUGAAGGCUAAAGCAUCAUUCUAGGACAAGAUAUCCUUAUUUUAUGGAGAGAUGGAUUAAGCACCCACAUCCCAACCCUGAAUGUGCUACAGCUUCCUUUUUAAAGGAUGAGUUAUGUAUAAAGUUUUUAAUAUGUGUUUACUAUUUAGACUGAUCACUAUGUAGGCUCUUUUCACCUCUACGCAGCAGUUCAACAAUGUUUUCACUAUCGAUGUUGGGUCUCCAAUUCUGUAAUUUGGAGAAGUGGGUUAGAUCUCUGAUGUUUCUCCAAAGCACUGCAGAAAUCCCAGGAUGCCAUAAAAUGGACCCCUGGCUGUUAACAUGGGAUUAAACUGGUCUGACUAUGAAUAUAUAGAUGCAUUCUGUUUUCCCAAAGUAUUGAUUCAAUUGCAAACACAUGGAUCAAUGAAUGAGAAGAAAACUUCUCUCAUUGCCUCCUCUUAAAGAGAGGGAUGCUGUAUUAAAAGAGUGUAACAUCCAUACAUUUCAAGCAGGCUUUCAUCCUUCUUUAGACACCACACCUAGCUAACCUUGAACUACUCUGUCAUAUGGAAGCCUGGGAUCUGUAGUUUGAGGAGGUACUUGGAAUUAUCAGAUCUUUCUUGCACUGUAGUUUGGAAGAGAAAGAUCCAGGAUCCCAUAGGAUGCAACUGUAAGAUUAAAAAGGAUAUUGAACUGCAAUAACUCUGUAGUGUAGGCCCAACUGGUGUUGGACAACUCAAAAAGGUUUGAGUUUGGAAAACUGGAAUGUAAGGGAAGAGCAUUUUGGUUUGCAAGAUUAUGCCCAAAGCAGAAUAGUUGCCAGACCUUUACAGCACUGUUGAAACACAACAUGAUCCAAGGCCAUUUAUUCUGGCCACUUCUUAAAACCAAGCUUAGUUGAGCUGCCAUGUGAAACACGUGUGGUGUAGUCCUUUAUUUUUGGGUGGUAGGAAUGUUUUACAUGUUACCUCAAUCAAUCUGUUUGCAACUUGCAACUCCACCUAGUGGAUGCAAAGGCAAAAGACUGCAUACCUCAAUGGAGUUAUGCUAGAAUGGCUUUUAAAUCUUGAAUAUUGCUAAAACCACAGAUUCUCUAUUAACCACAAAGAGGGCAUUUGUGCUUCUUGAAUUUGAGCACUUUCAGGACACAAGUGAUCUUUUUAAAAGUUCUUACACAAAUCAACUAUAUGUUUCCAACUGUAUGCAUCUAAAUAAAUGAUGUCAUCAAUACAUUUUUUUUCUAUAUUAAAUUUGAUACUGUU